AUGAUUGUUGUGAAGAUUGAAUGUCCUGAUACAGGUGAAAAUGUUGAAACCGGAAGUGCCCUACACGCCCCCUACCCAGCCACAUCCUCCUACACUCAUGUGGCGCUGGUGACCGGGGCCAACAAGGGCAUCGGCUUUCCCAUCACGCGCAACCUGUGCCGUCAGUUCUCAGGGGACGUGGUGCUCACGGCACGGGACACAGCGCUGGGCCAGGCAGCCGUGCAGCAGCUGCCCACUGAGGGCCUGAGCCAGCGCUUCCACGAGCUGGACAUCGAUGACCUGCAGAGCAUCCAUGCCCUGAGGGACUUCCUGCACAACAAGUAUGGGGGCCUUGACGUGCUGGUCAACAACGCAGGCAUCAUCUUCAAAGAUUCUGAUUCCACACCUGUUCACAUUCAAGCAGAAGUGACAAUGAAAACAAACUUUUUUGGUACCCGAGAUGUCUGCACAGAGCUACUGCCUCUCAUACAACCCCAAGGCAGAGUGGUGAAUGUGUCUAGCAAAAUGAGCUUCACGGCUCAUAAAAACUGCAGCCCAGAACUCCAGGAGAAGUUUACAAGUGAAACCAUCACGGAGGAGCUGCUGUUGGGGCUCAUGAACAAGUUGGUGGAGGAUACGAAGAGUGGAGUGCACAAAGAGGAAGGCUGGCCUGAUAUCAAGCCGUAAAGUUCCUGAUUCCAUACCCUUGCAUAUUCAAGCAGAAGUGACAAUGAAAACAAACUUUUUUGGUACCCGAGAUGACUGCACGGAACUACUGCCUCUCAUAAAACCCCAAGGCAGAGUGGUGAAUGUGUCUAGCAUAAUGAACUUCAUGGAUCUUAAAAACUGCAGCCCAGAACUUCAGCAGAAGUUUACAAGUGAGACCAUCACGGAGGAGGACCUGGUAGGGCUCAUGAACAAGUUCACGGAAGAUACAAAGAAUGGAGUGCACAUAAAGGAAGCCUGGCCUAAUAUCAGGGCCAUGGCAUAUGGAGUGUCAAAGAUGGGCAUCACGGUCCUGUCCAGAAUCUAUGCCAGGAAACUUAGUGAGAAGAGGAGAGGGGACA